AUGGACGUCGCCUACAAGCAGCACGCCAACCAGGCGCGGCGAAAGGGCAGGUCCUCCACUAACCUCCACCACCUCUCCCUCGCACCCCUCACAUCCAAGCUGCCGCUCACCGAUCCCGAAGACCUGCCCGAUCUCGUCGGCGCGCCCCUCCAGCACAACGUGUCCUACCUGCAGGGCAAGUCCGCGCCCACGACCCCGAGACUCCUGCAGUCCCCGCCUCGAACCCGCGGCAACUCGCCCCGCCGGCGGGCCUCCAUCCCCGAUACCUCGGACGUCCAGCUGCCGAAGAGCAAGUCUACAACCCACCUGAGCGUGUCCAAGACCCAACGCCACGGCCCGGGCGCGCUGUCGCCGCUGCCACGACGCCGUCCCGAUGACCACGAGCGGAAUGAUAGUGAUUGGCUGCUGCGCACAGCGGCCCUGGUCAGUUCCGAGGCCCGCGAGUCCAAGGGACAGGCAUGGCUCGUCUCCAGAGCCAGCUCGACCAGCCUGACCGGCGUGCGGGAUGCCGAGGAGGAGGCCUACCAACGGGAACUUGCCAGAGAGAGGGAGCUCGCCAGUCUACGAGGCAGCCGUCGGGGCAGCCGUCGGGGCAGCACAGCUGGGGCAGACGAGGAUGUGCUCUUGCCACACAGUCGGUUUGGCAGUCGUUCACACAGCAGGGUGGGGAGCAGGUCUCAACUAAAGAUGCCGUCGCAUACACCUCUGCGUACACCUUUGAGGACGCCCUUGGAGCGUCUAGCUCGGGAAGGUGGUUAUUUCAACCACCACGAGCUAUCACUCGAGGAACACAUUGCCGGUCCCGACUUCGUCAGCCUAGACGAGAAGCUCGAGUCCAUCGAGAUAGAUACGAGCCAGGCAGACGAGGCAACCGUCCGGAGAUUAGUCAGUCGGAGAAGCGUCGGCAUGGGCGCCUGGAUGUGGUCUCUCUUCUCGGUCGAUGAGAACGACGAAGACUCGGAUAAUGCCGACGACGACAUGACGGAUGGUGAGACAGACAGCCAGCUUCCACGCACUCCGAGCACCGUCGAUUUCGAAGGUUUCUCAAACUUACCUGACGAGCGGGUUCCACCCCCUAAAGACGACGAGGGCAGUGGCUGGGGAGACGCAGCGUGGCUGCUCAGCGUGGCGGCCAAGGUGUUGGUGUAA